CUCAUAUUUUCAAGCGAUUCCACUAAUAAAAUAACGAAAUCAUGUUAUAUAAUUUUGGGUAAAAGAAAAAAGGCAUCCUCUCGUUCCUUGCCUUCCAUAGUCCUUUACUAUAUAAACCCUGAAACCCUUUUGACGCAAAAUACUCGUUCCUCAUUCCCCUGUACGCACUCUCGUUCGCGCCCCAGCGAGAUCCGUAAUCGCAACAACAAACCCUAACCAAGAAGUAGAGAGAGAAAGGAAGAACAGGAUCACAGAUUCUCUCUUUCUCUCUCACUUCAGCUUCGAUCUUAACACAUCUUGAUCCUUGAUUCUGGAGUUUGGCAUCGAUCUAUAAUGGCGGCUCCGACAGAAGUAGCGGCGCCUGUAUCUGCUCAAGUUGUUGGGAAUGCUUUUGUUCAGCAGUACUAUCAUAUACUGCAUCAGUCACCUGGGCUAGUUCAUAAGUUCUAUCACGAUAGCAGUAAAAUUGGUCGCCCUGAGGAAGAUGGUACUAUGAGCGUAACUACUACCAUGGAUGAAAUCAAUGCUAAAAUUCUGUCCCUUAACUAUGAGGAUUUGAGGGCUGAGAUCAAAUCCGUUGAUGGGCAAGAAUCAUUAGGUGGUGGAGUCAACGUUCUGGUCACUGGACAUUUGACUGGAAAAGAUAACAUUGUGCGUGAUUUCACACAAUCUUUCUUUCUCGCCCCUCAAGACAAAGGCUACUUUGUGUUGAAUGACAUGUUUCGUUACAUGGAUAAACCUAAACACACUGAAGUUUCCACUGAGGAUGCUGUGGUGGUGGAUCCUGUAACCCCUGAGCAAGAAACUGUUGCAAUACCAGAAAAUCACAUCCCUGAGGAGGAAGCUGCUGAUUCUGAUGUGACAGAGGAACCUCAACCAGAAAAGAAGAUUUCUUCUGAGGAAAAUGGUGAAGUAGCCAUUGUAGAUGAGGAAGUUGAAGUUGAAGAUCCAGUUCCUGAAGCUGUUGUUAAUGAAGCGCCAGUGCCCAAUUCAUCAUCAGUGGUGGCUGUUGAAGUUAACACCAAAACCGAGGAAGCCCCAAAGAAAUCUUAUGCAUCUAUUGUAAUGGAUCUGAAGAAGCAAAAUGGUGUGCCCUUUUCAUCUCCACCACCUGUAAUGAGGAGACCUCAACCAAGAAACCAAGAACAACAAGCAUUGAAUAAUGCUGUUGCCAAUACCACCACUGUAGCACCUGAACCAGCUGCUGCUUCCAAUGUGGAUGCUACUGAAAACGGUGUUCAUGAGGAAGAAGGUGAAGGUUACUCGGUGUAUAUUAAGGGUCUUCCAAUGAGUGCUACACCUGCAAUACUGGAGGAGGAGUUUAAGAAGUUUGGAGCAAUUAAGGCGAAUGGGAUUCAAGUUCGAAGCAACAGGCAGCAACAGGGUUUUUGUUUUGGUUUUGUUGAAUUUGAGACGCCUGAGGCUGUUCAAAAGGCGAUUGAGGCAUCACCAGUCCCAAUUGGUGGACGCAAUUCUGUUGUUGAAGAGAAGCGAUCCACAAACUCCCGAGGAGGAAGCCGGGGAAGAUUUAUGGUGGGAAGGGGAGGUGGUGGAUUCAGGAACGAAGGCAUGAGAGGAGGGCGUGGAAACUACGGUGGGGGUAGGGGUUACAACCGUGGCGGUGGCGGUGAUUUUGGUGGCAGCCGGAAUGAUUAUGGGUAUAGAAGUGGCGGCGGCCGUGGAGGAGCAGCUUCAAACCGUGGCGGCAAUGGCAAUGGCAAUGGUUAUCAGAGAGACAACAAUGGCGGAGCCGCCCGAAUUAUGGCACAGUGAGUUUCCGAAAAGUGGAUAGUGGUUCCUGACUUUAUUUUUGGCUUUGCAUUGGUAAGCAAGUAAGGUGAUAAGAUAAUAGAGACGGAUAGAAAGAGGUUUGUUUUUUUUUUUUUUUUUAAAUUUUUUUUUUUUU